UACAAAAUGGUGGAGAUGGAAUGACUUUUGUGGACGUGUCUUCUGAAAAUUAUAGGAAAAAAAACCCUGCAAAUAUGGUGAAUGCUUUACAAACGCGGCAAGCACUUUGCUUUAUUUUAACAUGGACAGCGUAUGCGUCAACAUAUUUACUUCGAAAGCCUUUGGGAGUUAUCAAAGCUACUUUGGGUUAUCUCUACCGUUUAUCAGGUGCAAAGCUAGGAUUGUUGGAUACUGCAUUACUUUUACCCUAUGCUAUUAUGCAGAUAUUAUUUGCAUCGUGUGGUGAUAGGUUUGGUGCAAGAUUAGCAUUAACAUUCUGUUUAGUUGGCUCUGCAUUGUCAAUGUUCUCUUUUGGAUUCCACAAUAACGUUUUUGUUUUCGCUUUUCUUUUGUUCUUAAAUGGUACUUUCCAGUCAACAGCUUGGCCAAAUUGUGUCAAGUCACUUGGGGCAUGGUUUAMUGACAAGCAAAGGACCUCCAUAUUUGGGUUGUUUGGUACUUGCACAUUUGCUGGAGGAAUUAUGGGUAGUGCCUUGGCUGUUAAGCUGCUAUCAUCUUAUGGGCCAGAUAUCAAAAUGGUUUUCUUGGUUCCUUCAUUCAUAGUCGGUAGUAUUGGUAUUCUAGUAUUCCUAUUUAUGAAAACACCUGAGGAAGUUGGUAUGCAAAUCCCUGGAAAAGAAACCAAGCUCCCAACUACUAAUAAAGCAUCUUCCCCGGCACAACAGAAGUCACUGUCAUAUUUACAGCUCUGGAGACUGAAGAUGGUCCCAGAGCUGGCGUGGACUAACUUUUCUGUCAAGUUUGUUCGAUAUUGUAUGUACAUGUGGCUGCCAAUGUACCUUUUUCAAGCAUUAAAGUACAGCAAAGUUCAAGCAGGACUUUUGUCCACAGUAUUUGAGAUGGGUGGGAUGGUKGGAUCAGCUGGCCUUGGCGUUGUAGUUGAUAGGUGUAUGCAAGGUCGUGCUGUCUAUGGUGUGAGUCUUGCUGUCAUGGGAAGCGCCGUCUCCUUCUUCUUGUUCCACUAUACMAGUCACAUGGGAAUUCCUGUUAACUGUUUGUUUAUGUUCAUUGCUGGAGCUUGUAACUGCGGACCUGAUCCCUACAUAUCAGGCUCUAUUGCAGCGUCUAUUGGAGAGAGGGAAAAUGCUCAGGCUGCUGUAUCCGGUCUGAUUAAUGGGUUUGGUAGUAUAGGCACGGUUCUAGAGGGUCCUAUCAUUGGYUGGAUGGUAGAAAGCUUUGGCUGGGCAGUUCCAUUCUACCUUAUGAUUGGUUUGUCUAUAUUAGGCUCGUUAUGCAUGAUCAAAGCAACACGCAUCGAAGAGGCCAUCAAGCAAUCACAGUUUAUGAGCCAAGUGGCAAGUGGGACAUAGAGGGCUCCUCCUAAGGGGGUAACAGGAUGUUAUAUCUCUUAAGGUCGUCUAUAAGAGACUUGCUAGAAUUUAGCAGGUUGAAGGGCUCUCAUGUGGGGAACCGAAAGAGAUACAUUUUAUAAAUUUUGUGUAAAUAUGAAAAAGAGUUUUCUUUAAUAGCUACAUGUAGUAAAACAAGAAAUGACAACGGGAUGAAAAAAUUGUAACGUUAAUUUCGAGCAGGUAGCUUGGAAAUARCUAAUUCAGUGUUUAAGGAUUGAUUUGAUUAUUUUGUAGUUACUUAUUUUGGGUAAAWUYUUUGACGUAAUUAGAAWAAGGCUCUGCCGUGCUAGAGUUAGAACGAUGAACGGGAGAAGAGAAGYUAUGGGAGAAGCAGGAACACUUCCUGGCUGCUCUAUUUACUUUUCAAUGUGCUAUGUUACAGAAAAUCAUCAUCAUGGAUUCAUCCUUGAUUUUCCUUGCUGGCCCAAACACCUCCUUAACUCUUCUCUAGUCAGUAGUUAUAGGAAAAAUAUCUAAAAUCUCUUUCUUUCAGACUUAUUUAAUAUACGAAAUUGUACUUAAUAUAGCUUGGUUUUAAUAAAAGGUUGUGUUGUUGAUCAUGA